CAGCUUUUGGCAAGGCUUACAGGGGUAAAUGAUAAAAUGGCAGAAUAUACCAACAGUGCAGGUGUCCCUUCCUUGAAUGCAGCACUGAUGCAUACAUUACAGCGACACAGAGACAUAUUACAGGAUUAUACUCAUGAAUUCCAUAAAACCAAAGCAAACUUUAUGGCAAUACGGGAAAGGGAGAAUCUCAUGCGAUCAGUACGAAAGGAUAUUGAGUCAUAUAAAAGUGGGUCCGGAGUAAACAACAGAAGAACUGAACUGUUUUUAAAAGAACAUGACCACCUUCGAAACUCAGAUCGUCUGAUAGAAGAGACAAUAAGCAUUGCUAUGGCAACAAAAGAAAAUAUCACUUCACAGAGAGGAAUGUUAAAGUCAAUUCACAGCAAAAUGAACACUUUGGCCAAUCGUUUUCCUGCUGUGAACAGCCUGAUCCAGAGGAUCAACCUUAGGAAACGGCGCGACUCGCUCAUCUUGGGUGGUGUUAUUGGUAUCUGUACCAUCCUAUUGCUGCUGUAUGCUUUUCAUUGAUGGGACAUUCCAGGGACUCUUGACAACCACCAUUUUCAUGCCUUGAUCUGGAAUAAGGAAAACUAGGAGGGAGAAAUUGUCCCGAUAAUUAGCCUGACCAGCAGGAUGAAUUCGAGACUAAUAGUGAUGGACUUCUUCCCAGAGAGCCCCAAAGCCAAGCCUGACAAAGCACAUCACCACGGAUCCUCAAUUAGUACCAUCUGAACAAAGGCGCUGGGACCUUUCCUUUCCAAGUGGAAUGGGUUUGACGAGCCACCACUCCUAUUUCAUCUCUCCUUUCACUGCAAACGGAUCUGAACCUCUGCCCCAACUCUCCCUCGUUUGAUAUCAGAGAUGCCUAGAAAUAAACAGGUGGCUAGAGAAUCUCACUGAAGACGUUUUCUAUCAGGACAUUUUUUUCCUUUGUUUCUCUAAAGCACACGCCAGGAGAAAGGCAAGUAUCUUCCUCUUUGUGAAGACACAGAUUUGUGUGCCUGAGUUGAAACAGGAAGAAAUGCACUUUAGCCUGAUGGUUUCCACUCUGCUCAACUUGGCUAAGAUUUCCCACUUCAACAGAGCUGCUCAGCUUGCAAAGCUCUCUUUUAUUAACCCUCUGAAGACACUUAAAAGCUAAGAAGGUUGGGUGCUGAGAAGUGCAAUGCUCAGUGUAGAGGAAUCCCAGAGGUCACUUGACAGUGUUCUCUUCACUCUCCUAAAAUCAUCUUUUAAUCUGUUUUCCUGACUUGUAGUAUUCAGUUUCCUUCCUUUGAGAAAAAGCUGUUAGAAAACAGUUACUUAACUGGUACGUUUCCUUUAUAUAUUUUCAAACAUCUGAUGAGUCUUUUACUGAAAUUGCUUACAGCUUGAGGAGAAGCAGGCAAAUAUGGUUGGUAGCUCUUUUUAACCCAGUACCAAAAAAGGUAUGGUUUAAACAUAAUCAUCUUCUCUGAAAGUGACGAGUUAUCUCUAAAUGAAUAUGGCACUGUGUGUUUUCACCCUGGAAUUGGUCCUCAGUCCUCUCUGUGUCCCUCCCUGUCCCCCAUUGCAUAUCCCACAAGCUGGGGCCCUGUUGUUCAUUACCUGGCUGCAUGUGGCGGCCACCUCUGAGCUAGUGCCCUGCCUCUCAUCUAGCCCCUCUUGAUGCCACCCUGCACAUAGCUGCCUAGCCUGUCUUCCUAAACAACUUACAACCUGUCAUCACUCUGUUCAAGAAUAUUGUAGUGAGUUAACCCAUGCAAUGUAUGCCCAGCACUUUGAUUAUACAUACAUACAUAAAACACCCCCACACCCACACGCAAAUAAAAUCCUAUUCACUUAAUGAGGUAGUGUUCUCCUUUUACAGAUAAAGAAACAAGCCCAAGAGAUGAAGUACUUUGCUCAAAAUCACAGUCCUCCUGAUAGCAAUCAGUUGCCCUUUUCCUAACCAAGGUUUCCCAUCAUGAACUGUAAGCAGGGCUGCCUGGCGCAGUGGAAAGAAU